AUGUUGAUAGCAAGCCAUUCAGGAAUCUUCAACACACCGCGAACGCGUGGGCAGAGGCCCUUUGCCAUCCGCAGGCCCAAACUCGAAGAAGCGUCGGAGGAGGAAGGCAUGGGGACACCCGAUGCCUCUGCGAUUGAGUCGCCCGCGGCGGAUAUCUACGGCAGCAUCACCGCCCCUGCGAGACCCCUCGGAAGGCCUCGAGAAGGGGGUGAUCGCCCACCUGCCCGCUUUAUCCUCCCCAGAUCGGCAAUUGGCUCAUCCUCGCAGUCAUUUGCUGUGUUCCACCUCACUCCCUUCCCCCCUCCCCCUCCCGCUGUUCCGCUUUCUUUAUUCGAGGCCUCGGUGGGGCCGUCCCCUCAGACCCCUUGGGAGGCAAGCGCUGUGAAGCUUCAAGUCGUUCCACACCUCUUCACUGCAGGCGCCACCCACACACCCUCCCCUCAUCCUCCGACUAUCUCGGCCCGCGAUGGCCAACUUUGCGUACGAGUCAAUGACUCUCGGUUAACCACUUUCUUUACCAAUGAUAUCGACAACGGGGAAGACCUCUACCGGGGUGAUGCUGGCCCCCAGCAGGUCCCUUCCCCUGACGAUCUUGACGCCCUCGACAUCGCGCAGUUUGAUUACAACUCCUUAGGCCUCGACCUGCCACUCGACCUCGGCUUCGAACUUCCGCGAUGGGCUCCUGACACUGGAGCAUCGACCAUGGCCUCGUAUUCAUCGCAGUGGAACUCUCUCCCUCCCUCUCUCCCACCGCAUGCCCACGCAUCCACGCCCUACGCCCCUCACUCCCGCCCUGUCCUGGGCCCUGUCGCACCUUGCGGCGAUUACGAUCAGUUUGGCGCCCCCCAGCGCUUGGACACCGUCGGUCACUACACCCAGCCAGGGUACUCUAUUCCAAUGCAAUCUAUCACCGACCCUGCGAUGGAUGACUCGCAAUGGUAUUCGUAUGGCGCACAUGCCAGCCCGGCCUUGGCCAACUCCUCGCCGAGCAGCGGCUCGCCCUCUUCCGCCGACUCUCCCCUCCCCGUCACACCCAAGGUCACCGUCAACGACCGCGACGGGUCUUACUCACCUGGAGCCCGCUACCGGCGCAGUCCCUCCGCGCCCAAUGCGAGCCGCGACGACUUCGAGGCCGCGCUGGCCCUCCCUAUGCGCGCCGCCGGCCCGUUCAUCCCGCAGCGGAUGUACACGCCCACGACGCGCGCGGACCGGCAGCGCUACGUCGAGGACGUGCACCCGGAGCCCUCGAUCUACUUCUGGCACAAGGACGGCGAGAACUGCGGGAUCUCGCUCGUGCAGGCGCUCAAGCGCGCCACGCACGAGCUCCGGGAUCCGGAUGCGUACAUCUUCAACGGCGUCCGCCCGAGCGUGAGCAUCCGCCUUGAGUGGCCGGGGUACCGCCAGUGGACCAAGCAGAUCCCGGCCAAGGACUUCAAGAAAGUGCCCGCGCCGAUCACACGCGAGAAGCUCGCGAAGGAGGUGGCGAAGUGUGUCAAGCGGUUCAUUGAGAGCCAGAAGCCACUUCCGAGCGACGAGGCGAACAGGCGCUGGCGCGUGGGCGGCGCCAACGGCAUUAAACUCGAGGACCUCAUUCUGGUGUCGAUGCACCACGUUUCGCGUGGGUCCUGGCAGCCUCAGCUGCGGUUGCGCUCUCCGCGCAACUGAGUGGUUCAAUCCACAUGCUAGUUUCUUGGUGGGCCCGUCCUCAGCUAGCCUCUCCGGCGGAGGCUCUCUGCACGCGGCCCUAAUCACGUCCUUCCCUCAUCUAUCACCACGACACGGCUAAACAUCAUAUAUCUGCAUUCACCAGCAUCUAUCCCCACCCCACCCUCUUGAUUAGUUACCAUCCACUCUCACUUACUACUUCACGUACCCCGAUUUUAGUAGGGAUCCCCCGGUGUGUAGGAGGCGCCUCUGUCGGGAUUCUCGAAUUGUAUCGUUAGCGCGGCGGCGGCCGCUUUGUUGUAGCUUUACACUCUUUCUGAUGUCCAAUGUUGUAUUCCCCUCCCAGCAGUCUGUUCGGCGACGCUCAUCGUCGACUGCUGCUGGGUAGGCAUUCACACGGCCUAUUUUCUGCGAGCG